AAAUCGGAUUGUAUUUGUUGAGUGUUGAUCGUGUUGGAUUUUUUCAAAAUAAAUAUUUCAAUUUCAUUACUUUUUUGAAAAGUAAUUCUCCUUCACGAUUUAAUUAAUAAUAAGAAAGAGAACUAAGGUUUUUUGACUACAACUAUUAUUCAUAGUUGAGACACCACAUAGCCAUGGCGUCGGCGGCGGGCACGGGUGCGGACGGCUCGGGGGACUGCGAGGGCGAGGAGCAGGAGGACUCUUCCUCAUCCAAUCACUCUGUUUGCGACCCCGCAGAGGCAUUGGAUAGCCUGCAGCUGAACGAUAAGAAAGAGGAUAUUGAAGAUGAGUUGACGGUGUUCCGGCAACAAUGGCAGCGCGAGCUGGAAUCCACCCCCUCCCCGCACAAGGAGUGCCGGCCGGCCCCGCUGGCUCAGCGGGAGCCCGUGCAGCCGCUCACUGAUGAAGAGAAGGCCAAACAACUUUUUCUAUGCGGCGUGGAAAUGGAGCGUGGUGGAAAGCUGUACGAAGCCAUUCAGCACUAUAAGCGUGCCAUCCAGAUUCUGCCCGACGUGGAGAUCCGGCUAUAUGAAAGCUCCGAGCUCAGGACGGACACUCCUACAGAAGAAUAUGAAAUCGAGGAAGUGUGCCACAGCGAGCGAGCGGAGGACAGUGAUGAUGACGAAGCAGUGGAAGGGGAAGAGCUGGUGGCCAGGCUGCAGAGGACCCUCGCCAGGAAGGGCCAUCUGUUCCAACCAGUGUAUCAGACCAAGAGCGCGCACAUGUCGUGGCUGCCGUACGAGGUGGUGCAGCUGGUGCUGCGCUGGGUGGUGGGCGCGGAGCUGGACGCGGGCUCGCUGGAGCGCCUGGCCGCGACCUGCCGCGGGUUCUACGUCGCGGCGCGGGAGCCCGAGCUGUGGCGCUGCCUGUGUGUCAAGACUUGGGGCUUGGAGUGCGGCACGCCCCGCGCCAACGGCUACGUGAACUGGCGGCACAUGUACGUGGACCGCGCGCGGCUCAACCUCAACGGCUGCUACAUCAGCAAGACCACGUACCUGCGCCACGGGGAGAACAGCUUCCAGGACCACUUCUACCGGCCUUGGUACCUCAUCGACUACUACCGCUAUCUGAGGUUCUUCCCCGAGGGGCUGGUGCUGAUGUGGACCACCGCCGAGGAGCCGGCUGCGUGCGUGGGCCACCUCAAGUACCGCGAGACGAAAAACAGCCUCGGCAUCAUGUCGGGCCACUACCGCCUCGUCGGGGACACGGUGGUGAUCUUCAUCAAGAAGCCGUGCAGCGAGAAGACGCCCGCCAGCAACACAAGGUUCCGCGCGCGCCGCAAGGAGGCGGCUGAGCCGCACGAGCAGGUCUUCCAGCUGGAGCUGCAAGUGCGCUCGCUGCGCGCGCAUCGCAACUGGCAGCUGGCGUGGCGCCGCUACGCCGUGUCCACGCGCCGCGAGCAGUGGAGCGCCUUCGAGCUGGCGCCCGGCAAGUUCCCGCCCUUCGCCUUCAGCCCCGUGCGCGCCUACACGGCCGAGGCCAGCGCGCCGCUGCUGCAGACCUGCGCCUAGGGCCUGGCUAGCGCACCGUGGACAUUACCGAUGUAGAACGCUGCACUCGUAAGCAAAAAUGGAGUUUUAUUUUUGAACGCUGUUUAAAAUUAGCAUAUAAGGGUUGUUACACACAAAACUAUGGCUUUUAUUUUUUUAUGGGAAACUAUUACAUUACAGACGUGCCGUUUUGGGUUUAUCGGUCGUCUUUUUGUAUUAUAUUUAUGAAUGUUAAUAUUUAAGUCUAGUCUGUGAAAUUAAAUGUAAUAUAAAAACAAAUGUAGAAACUUUGACAAAGUGACUUAUCAUUGUAAUAAAAAAAAAUGUUAGUAUGCUAAUUUAUCAACUGUUUUAUUGUUAUUCUUAAAAAAAACUGUCUAAAAAUAUAAUGCCGAGCGAAAGGAAUCUUUUAGGGGUAAAUUCGCUUAGCGCAAAAGGUUCGUAUAUAUUCUAAUGUAUUGUAUCAAACCGUUUCUAAUGUUCCAACUUACGUUGCCUCGUGUUGUUGGGUUGUUGCUCAUAUAACAAAAUGGUUUUUGCCAUUCUUGGUGGCAGCACCGUAUUCUAGAAGUAGUUUUCCGGUGUAGCCGGAAAAAAAAUAUUCUCUUUCUGGUGCGGUUAUGGAAAAAGCGCAUAAUUAUAAUAUAAUAUACACCUAAGCGUUUAUCGUAAAAAGGUGUUUUACGUCUAGUCACCUUAAUUGCUUAAAGUUUCUUUCGCUCAGCAUUUAAACGGAUAAUAUAUACAUAUAUAUAUAUGUAUA